AUCAUUUGUGUUCUGCUGAAGAAACAAAGUCACCUACAUCUUGGACGCCCUGGGGGGCUCUUGAGAAGUUGACAGGCCACUGUUUUGACAAUCACUCCUUCAGUGUGUCGUACAUACUGGACGAGGAGGCAGGAAGGGACGGGGGUGGAAGACCCCAGGUCCCGCGAGGGGCAUCUAAAAUGGGGACAGGAAGUCGGGAGCAGGAGUUUGGUCAGCCAGGGGCCAUGGGAGGCCCCCAGGGGCCCAGGCAGCGUCAACAAGAACUGCCUCUGAGAAUCCUAGUACCCACACAGUUUGUGGGAGCCAUCAUUGGAAAAGAGGGACUCACCAUAAAGAAUAUCACAAAGCAGACACAAUCCAAGGUAGAUAUCCAUCGUAAAGAGAAUGCUGGGGCGACUGAGAAGGCCAUCACUAUCCACUCAUCUAAAGAGGGCUGUUCACAAGCCUGCAGGAUGAUCCUGGAGCUCAUGGAGAAAGAGGCUAAUGACACCAAGAUUGUUGAGGAGGUUCCUCUGAAGAUCUUGGCCCACAAUAGCCUUGUUGGGAGACUCAUAGGAAAGGAGGGCAGGAACCUGAAGAAGAUAGAGCAAGAUACAGGGACCAAGAUCACCAUCUCUGCAUUACAAGACCUGACUAUAUAUAACCAGGAACGUACCAUCACGGUGAGGGGAGGGGUGGAGGAGUGCUGUAAUGCAGAAGUGGAGAUCAUGAAGAAACUUAGAGAAGCCCAUGACAAUGAUGUGGCUUCACUUAAUCAGCAGACUAACAUGAUGUCAGGUCUAAACAUGAGUGCGCUGGGGAUCUUCUCCUCUGGCUUGUCUGUUCUCCCCCCAACCUCUGGUCUGCGUGGAUCUCUGUCCACCCCAGCCAACUACAGCCCCCUGCUGGGACCCUCUUCAGUAAUGGGGGGUCUGUAUGGGGUUCCCUCCUCUGGAGCAUUGUCUCUUCAGCAAGCAACUGCUGAACAGGAAGUGGUCUAUCUCUUCAUCCCCACUCCAGCAGUAGGAGCUCUCAUUGGAAAGAAAGGGCAGCACAUUAAAGAGCUGGCACACUUCGCUGGAGCCUCAAUAAAAAUUGCUGCACCAGACAGUCCUGAUGAGCCUGAGCGGAUGGUCAUCAUCACUGGACCACCAGAGGCUCAGUUCAAGGCACAGGGGAGGAUAUAUGGGAAAUUGAAAGAGGAGAAUUUUUUCACAGCUAAGGAAGAGGUGAAGUUGGAGGCACAUAUAAAAGUACCUUCAACCGCUGCCGGACGAGUCAUUGGGAAAGGUGGAAAAACGGUCAAUGAGCUACAGAAUCUCACCAGUGCUGAGGUCAUUGUACCACGGGACCAGACACCAGAUGAGAAUGACGAAGUGUUUGUUAAGAUAAUUGGACAUUUCUUUGCCAGUCAGACGGCGCAGCGCAAGAUCAGAGAGAUCGUACAACAGGUCAGACAGCAAGAGCGGAAACACCAGCAUGGUGCCAACAUCCUCACAACCAUCAAAAUGAUCAGCAGAUGUCAGCAAGCAGCAGCUAAUGAAUGUAGCUCAUGCGAGGACAAAUCGAAAUCAACGAAAGAAAGAAAGAGCGAAUUAACGAGAUAGACAAAGGGAGCGAGACAGAGCGGGAAACAGAGAGAGACAAAAGUUGAUGAAGAGUACCAGCAGUUAAAAACAACCAAAGAACUUAAAGCACAAAAACAUUUGGCCGUGCAGAUAUGAAUGAACCUGAAAGAUGAUCGAGAGUGUUGUCAGGUCAGAGAGAUCUUUUUAUGAGAUGGACCUGAUAUUUCAUUGUGCUCUUUUUAUUACUGAUUAAGCUGAUGUGAGACUAUAUAGUGGAUUUGUGCACUGUGAUGGAGAGUACUGGAUGAGUGAAGGCACACUGCAGGUAGAUUUCUUAGAGACUUGCAGGUUUAGUUGUUCAUUAGGUCUACUAAUUUAUUAAAAGAUAUAAGAAAAUUGCGUAGCAAUAUGUUAAUACGAUUCUAAAAAAAUUCUAUAGGUUUAUUCUACAGAAUUUCAGACUAUUUAAUGAGAGUAAUCAGAUUUGUUUGUCGACUUUUUCUAGUAACUAAUUAGUUAAGCACCAUAACUAAAAGGAUUAAGUGAUGUUAUAAAGUAACGUACAUGAUGUAAGUAGAGAGCUAACAUGUGCGCCAGCAUUUCACUUCCAGUUCCUCUUUUUUCUACUGCUGAGUCUGAGCAUUCUCCUCUGCUUGCUGCCCUGUUCUCUUUUCCUUUUUUUUUAUACCUAUAUUUCUUUUUCUUAAAUGCUUCCCUUUUCCCAUCUUAUUCCUCACACAAAAUGAGAGCUGUCUGUGUGCCAACUGUGCAUAAAACCUAAAAAAAAAUU